AUGGGUCUCCUUUUCAAUCUACAAAAAUCUCACCUCGAACCAACUAUGUCACUUCAGUGGCUGGGACUGCAGUGGGACACAAGACAAGGAACAGUCGCCCUGAGUUCAAUCAAUCGGAAAAAGUGCUGGAGAAAAUUGCUCCGAAAUCUGUGUUCAGUCAAUAUAUCCCGUCGAGAAUGGGAAAGUCUUCUGGGGUCAUUAAAUCAUGCAGCAGAAAUAAUUCCUUUUGGGAGAAUUCAUCUAAGGCAUCUACAGCUCGAAGGACGUGCAGCGUUCACUUCAAACAAUCGAGACAAGAUGGUAUUUUUUCCUCGUCACAUCCGCUCUCAUCUACGUUGGUGGCUGAGGAGGAAACGUCUAAUGUCAGUCUCUCCAUGGGUUCCCAAAACUCCUUCUUUAAUUCUAACAACGGAUGCAUCAGACUGGGGAUGGGGCUACCAGUCAUCAAAAGGUCACCAAGGAUCGGGACUUUGGAAAAAAUCAAUGAGACGAAGACACAUAAAUGUAAGGGAACUACAAGUAGUUAUCAAGGCUCUGCAUCUGGAAAAAUAUUUCCUAGAUAUGUCAAUUCAAGUUCUUUCAGACAAUAUUGCAACUGUUUAUUGUAUAAACAAACAGGGAUCCUCCCGUUCAAAGACUCUUCUAAAAUCAUUAGAGAUUCUUUUUCGUGUUGUGAAGCAACGUCGACUCCAUCUAACUGCGUCUCACCUAGAAGGGAGAAAAAAUCAGUGGGCAGAUACAUUAUCACGUCAGACCACAUCCUCGGUAGAGUGGGCUCUGGAUCAGGAAGUUUUUCAGAAAAUUGCACAAAAAUACGGUCAUCCCCAGAUCGACCUUUUUGCGUCUCACUCCAAUCCCAGAAUCGAGAGAUAUUUGACAAGAGCAGAGGUGACGGUAGAAGGAGGUCCAGAUGCUUUUCUAGAGGACUGGAACAAAUGGAAGUCAAUAUACCUCUUUCCCCCUCCACUGACAUCAAUAAUGCUUCGCGUGAUCAAUCACUUGAGGUCAUACAAAGGCAAAGUCUUAUUGAUUGCCCCUCUAUGGGAAGCACAACCAUGGAUUCAGUAUCUCCUUCACUGGUGCCCUCAACCACUUCCACGAACAGGGAAGCUGCUUCAGGAAACUCGGAUGGACCAUGUCACAGAAUACUUGCGUCUACACGUGUGA